CGUAGCAUUAUUGUUGUGCAACCGGAAGUAUCUGACGGGUCCAACAAAACCUUGAAUGCUUUUGGAUAGAGACGUCCUUGUUGACAAGCUGGGAUAGGCUCCAGCACCCCCCGCGGCCCUGUGAGGGACAAGCGGUAGGAAAUAGUCGGUCAGGUCAGCUGAUCUCUGACGGCUGAUCUUGAAGAUAAAAAGGGACUUUUCAGUCGCCUUCCUCAGUCCAGUCAGUCCAGUCAGUCCAGUCAGUACAGUCAGUACAGUCAGUACAGUAGGAGCCAGCACUCACAGCAACAUGGCGACACAUCGUGAAGUGAAACCACAGCCUGGGGACUUGAUAGAGAUCUUCAGGCCGGGCUACCAGCACUGGGCUUUGUAUGUGGGCGACGGCUUGGUGGUCCAUUUGGCUCCCCCCUCGGAGUGUCCAGGUGCGGGCCCCAGCAGCAUGAUGUCCAUCUUGGCGGACAGGGGCCUGGUGAAGAUGGAGGAGCUGUGGACGGUGGUGGGGAACGAUCGCUACCGAGUCAACAACAUCCUGGAUGACAAAUACCAACCCCGCUCAGUCUAUGUCAUCGUGAGAGAAGCCAAAAGGCUGGUGGGCCACAUGGUGUCCUACAGCCUCUUCAGUGCAAACUGUGAGCACUUUGUCACCAACCUGCGCUACGGAAAACCAGAGUCCCGCCAGGUAGGGCUUUUAUUUUGAAGGAGUUGACCUUUGUACGCCACCUCCAUGGACAUGACACGUAACAGUUGUACUUAAGACAUGUUGCAAGUGAGAGUGGCCUGAUUGAAGCGCCUACAUUUAGCAAUGUCCAGAUACUACUUUUAACUUCCCAUUGAUCCGAUAUCAGCACCAAUCAUUCAUACACUAUAUUGCCAAAAGUAUUUGGCCACCUGCCUUGACUCACAUAUGACCUUGAAGUGCCAUCCCAUUCCUAACCCAUAGGGUUCAAUAUGACCUUUUGCAGCUAUUACAGCUUCAACUCUUGCAGAAUGUGUUUAUAGGAAUUUUCCACCAUUCUUCCAAAAGUGCAUUGGUGAGGUCACACACUGAUGUUGGUGGAGAAGGCCUGGCUCUCGGUCUCCGUUCUAAUUCAUCCCAAAGGUGUUAUAUCGGGUUCAGGUCAGGACUCUGUGCAGGCCAGUCAAGUUCAUCCACACAAGACUCCGUCAUCCAUGUCUUUAUGGACCUUGCUUUGUUGGAAGAGGAAUGGGCCCGCUCCAAACUGUUCCCACAAGGUUGGGAGCAUGGAAUUGUCCAAAAUGUUUGGUAUCCUGGAGCAUUCAAAGUUCCUUUCACUGGAACUAAGGGGCCAAGCCCAAGUCCUGAAAAACAACCCCACACCAUAAGUCCCCCUCCACCAAAUUUCACACUCAGCACAAUGCAGUCCAAAAUGUAGCGUUCUCCUGGAAACCUCCAAACCCAGACUGGUCCAUCAGAUUGCCAGAUGGAAAAGCGUGAUUCAUCAGUCCAGAGAAGGCAUCUCCACUGCUCUAGAGUCCGGUGGUGAUGUCCUUUACACCACUGCAUCCCACGCUUUGCAUUGGACUUGGUGAUGUAGGGCUUAGAUGCAGCUGCUCGGCCAUGAGAACCCAUCCCAUGAAGCUCUCUGCGUACUGUACGUGGGCUAAUUGGAAGGUCACAUGAAGUAGCAACUGACCGUGCAGAAAGUCUUUGCACUAUGCUAACCCUCUCUGUCAGUUUACGUGACCUACCACUUGGUGGCUGAGUUGCUGUUGUUCCCAAACUCUUCACUGUUCUUAUAAUAAAGUUGACUUUGGAAUAUUUAGGAGCGGGGAAAAUUUCAGGACUGGAUUUGUUGCACAGGUGGCAUCCUAUGACAGUUCCAGAGAGCGGCCCAUUCUUUCACAAAUGUUUGUAGAAACAGGCUCCAUGCCUAAGUGCUUGAUUUGAUACGCCUGUGAUUAGGACACCUGGUUCUCAUCAUUUGGAUGGCUGGCCAAGUACUUUUGGCAACAUAGUGUACCUUGUGCUGUGACCGUCAAUAUUUUAAUCAGGCAAAUAAAAGGGAAACAUCUAUGAAUGGAGUUUUGUUGUUAAAGAGUGUCAUCUCUCUUUGCAGGUGCUCCAGGCGGUAGAAGCGACCGUGUGGACAGGUUUGGGCCUUGGUGCGGGGGCCCUUGCAGCUGUAGCUCUGUUUGAACUGACUGGCAACAAGAACCAGGACAGGCACAAACAGUAACACACUGAUGGAACGUUCACCAGCAGAGCCUUAGACACUUAAACAAUCAGACGGCAUUACCAUACUACAUUUGUACACCUUUUAUAUGCUGCCAAUGUUAUGUUUUUAUCAAACGAAGGGAAGCUUUUUUAUAUAUCUACAGAAAUUUACACUAUUUUAAUAAUGCUAAUAAAUCCUCCAUUUUACUCUAAUGUGACAUGUUUUAAUUGUCAAUGUGAAUAAAAGUAUUUGAAGGCA